CCCAUCCUCCACCACCACCCCUCCCCAAAUAAAGGAAAAAGAAACAGAAAAAAGAACCCUAAGCCAUUCUCUCUGUUUUCGAAGAGUAAAUUAUGCGGUUCAAACCGAUUUGCUCAUCACCUGUGACUGAUAAAAACUCGAUCUACAAUUUUCUUCUCUUUCUAUUCAAGGUAAAAGUCGCCAUUAAAGUGAAAGCAUCAGUAAUUAUUUGUUUCACUUCAUCUGGAAGGGCAUCAAGAUUGAUAGCUAAAUAUAGGCCAGCAAUGCCAGUAUUGUCUGUUGUAAUUCCUCGACUCAAGAUAAAUCAACUGAAGUGGAGUUCUAGCGGUGCAUUUGAGAUAUGA